CUGCCAUCCACCUCCAUCAACAAUCCAUCUCCUCCAGCAACCAUGGCGUCUGUAGAGGCAUCAUCGUCCACCCAGACCUUUGACAAGGCAAAGGUUGACGCCCUUAAGGCGUAUCGCCAUAAGGUGCGCGAGCACCGCAACUUCAGCGAGAAUGUCAAGAAGAUCCGCAUGAAUAUUCGCGCACUCGAGGCCGACUUUGACAAGACCGAGGACGACAUGAAGGCGCUGCAAAGCGUGGGACAGAUCAUCGGCGAGGUGUUGAAGCCGCUCGGCGAUGGACGGUUCAUCAUCAAGGCGUCGUCUGGACCGCGCUACGUUGUGUCUUACCGCCCUACUCUUCCUGUCGAGAAGCUCAAGUCAGGCGUCCGCGUCUCGCUUGACAUGACGACAUUGACGAUCAUGCGCAUUCUCCCACGCGAGGUCGACCCCAUGGUGUACAGCAUGUCUCUCGAGGACCCGGGAAGCGUGUCGUUUGCGGGUAUUGGUGGUCUCGGAGACCAGGUGCGCGAGCUUCGCGAGGUCAUUGAGCUGCCCCUCAUGAACCCCGAACUGUUUGACCGUGUCGGUAUCAAGCCCCCCAAGGGUGUGCUGCUUUACGGUCCACCAGGGACAGGCAAGACGCUUCUUGCGCGUGCCGUCGCUGCGACCCUCAACACCAACUUCCUCAAGAUCGUCUCUUCAGCUAUUGUCGACAAGUACAUUGGCGAGUCGGCGCGUCUGGUCCGGGAGAUGUUCGCAUACGCGCGCGAGCACGAGCCGUGCAUCAUCUUCAUGGACGAAAUCGACGCCAUCGGCGGUCGCCGUUUCUCGGAAGGCACGUCAGCCGACCGCGAGAUCCAGCGCACGCUCAUGGAGCUGCUCAACCAGAUGGACGGUUUCGACAGCCUGGGCCGCACCAAGUUGAUCAUGGCGACGAACCGACCCGACACACUCGACCCUGCGCUUCUCCGUCCUGGCCGUCUCGACCGCAAGAUCGAGAUCCCUCUGCCGAACGAGCAGGGCCGGUUGGAGAUUCUCAAGAUCCACGCCAAGGGCAUCAACAAGAGUGGAGACAUUGACUACGAGGCUGUCGUCAAGCUCUCGGACGGGUUCAACGGCGCUGACCUGCGCAACAUCUGUACAGAGGCGGGUAUGUUUGCGAUUCGCGAGGACCGCGACGCGAUCGUGCAGGAGGACCUCAUGAAGGCUGUCCGCAAGAUCAGCGACGCCAAGAAGCACGAGACGACUCUGGACUACCAGGCGAUUUAGAGGGGAGGCAUGUAGAGAUACAACGUCGUGGCAUAUGCAACAUUCUAGCAGCUUG